AUGUCGCAGUUUACGGUUGGGCAUCAGCUAGUGUCGCUGGACAUAAAUUUUGACAACCGGGUGGUCAAAGGAGUGACAGAGCUGACUGUAGAUCCAAAGACCGCAACGCCCAGUCGGCGAAAGCUGCUGCGCAAGAUAGCCUCCCAGCAACAUGACAGCGAUUUGGACAGGGGCAACUUGGAGAUAAGUAUUCCGCCUGAGGUUGUUAUUGAGGCCAUCUCGGACGAUGUUGUUACAUCGGGAGCAGAACCAUCACUAACUACAGCUACGGCGGCCACGGCAGCAGCGGCAACGGAGGUGAUGUACCGGAGCAUCAAAGUGCGGAUAGAGUUUUAUCUGGUCGACCCCUCCUUGGGCAUUCUGUUCACGAACACAGGCGACCUGAUGACAGCGCAUACAGAGACGCAGAUGUACCCGAGUUCAACGCGUCUUUGGGUUCCCUGCAUGGACAAUAUACACGAGCGGUGCACCUGGGAUCUGUUUUAUACUGUGCCGGCUUGUCUCGGUUCAUCCGAUUCGGGCAUGCUGCUGCCCCUGACUGUGGUCUCUGUGGGCGAGCUGCAGUCAUUGGUUGUUCAUCCUAAAGAUCCCGCUAGACGUGUUUUUCGCUAUGUCAUGACUACGGCGACGCCGGCCUGUACGCUGGGGUUUGUUGUUGGUCCGUUCACGAGCGCUUACACGCUAGAUGGGAGCUUGCUAGCCAAUGGUGCCGAGCUUGGCGAUGGCAAGGAGCCUACCAACGGCGCUGCUGGCUCAGAGGAGGAAGAGAAGGAUGCAGAUAAGAACAAGGAUGCCGAAGAUGUGUUGCAGGAGGAUGCUGCUGAUGACCAGGCGGAUGAGGCGAUUCAAUCCUUGGACGCCGAUAGCACACAGCAGCAGCAGCAACAACAGCAGCAUGAGGACGGUGAUGGUGUGGCUGAAGGACAAGAACCGUCGUCGGAAUCGGCUGAGGCAGCCGAAGCGGCAGCGGCAGAGGAGCAGAUGAUGGCCGAGGCCAAGGCCAGUCACAACUCGAAGCUGCGCAAGGCCACAGUGGAUGCCAUCCGGGGCGUCUUUGCGUUCACGUAUCCGGGCCUGCAAGAGGAGCUGGAGACAACAUGCUCGUUCAUUCCCGAGGCGUUGGCGUUCCACUCGCAGGAGUUUGGAUCGUACCCCUAUGCCACAUACAAGGUUGUUUUCAUGGAGGGCCUGCGCGUGCCUGUUGUAACAUGCGCGUCGCUGACCUUGCUUAGCAUUGAUUUUCUGCAUCCACGCGCGGUCAUCGAGCCUGUUUACGAGACCAGGCGGUGUUUGGGGCUGGCCAUUGCACAACAGUGGUUUGGCACGUACAUUGUUGCCGAGACCUGGAGCGACUACUGGUUGGUCAGCGGGCUGGCCGGGUACGUUGCCGGGCUGUUUGUGCGACACAACCUGGGGCACAACGAGUACAGGUACCGGCUGAAGCGCGACAUGACGCGGCUGUGCCACGCAGACGUCAACCAGCGACCGAUUAGCUACGCGGAGCAAGGCCCCAUCAUGAGGGCCGACGACGUGGAGUUUGUCGGGCUGAAGGCAGCAGUUGUGUUGCACAUGCUGGACCGGCGCAUGAUGAAGGGCGGCAUGUCUCUGGGCCUGCACCGCAUUGUGCCCAAGAUCCUAGUGGCAGCAAUGAGCGGCGACCUGGGAGCGUCAAAUGCUGUGGGCACGACAUGGUUCCUGAAGAUGUGCCGCAAGGUGAGCGGCGUCGACCUCAAGACGUUUGCUGACCAAUGGAUCUUUGGCACCGGCUGCCCAGUGUUUCACUUCAGCUACGCGUUUAACCGCAAGAAGCUGGCCGUCGAGAUCACCAUGCACCAGGAGUCGACCAACUCCAAGGCGACGGCGCCGUGGGCGAAGCCGCAGCUCUUCAGCGGCCAAAUGACAGCGCGCAUCCGCGAGGCUGACGGCACGCCAUACGAGCACAUUCUGGACAUCCAUGAGGCGACAAAGCGGUUCGAAGUGCAGUUUAACACCAAAUACAAGCGCAUCAGGCGGAGCACCAAGCGAUUCCACAAGCGGCAAAUCGAGGCUGCAGAGGCCGAGCUGAGCGUCAACGUCGAGGUCCUUGGUGGUGACGAUGAGGAGGCAUAUAGCAACAUUGCGCUGUUCGGCGCUGAGGAUGAGGACGAGAAGCGCGAGUGGCGGGUGGUCGAGUGGGGCGAGGAUGACGAGGAGAGUCUGGCCAGUGCGACGUUUGAGUGGAUUCGCAUGGACCCGGAUCUUGAGUGGUCUAGCGUCAUUCAUUUCGAGCAGCCGGACUUUAUGUGGGCGGCGCAGCUGCAGAAGGACCGCGACGUAGCGGCGCAGCUCGAGGCCGUUGACGCGCUGCAGCACUUGCCGUCGUCCGCUGCAUCCACCACGCUGAUGCGCACGGUAAUGGACGGCCGCGUGUUCUACCGCGUUCGUGUUGACGCUGCACUUGCGCUUGCGCGUUUCGCGCGGCCAUCGCUGGGCUGGAUUGGCCUGCACCACUUGGCAAAGAUCUACGCCAACCGCUACUGUAUCGAGAACAGCGCGUCCAACGAGCUGUUGCCUAAGCCCAACAACUUUGCCAAUGUCGGCGAGUAUUUCACGCAGAAGGCCGUUUUGGCCGCCCUGUCUAACGUGCGCGAUCGUCAUGGCGAGGCGCCGCCACGCGCACGCGCCCUGAUUUUGGCCGCCCUGCGGUACAACGACAACAGCGAGAAUGUGUAUGCGGACUGCUUUUUUCUCGCCUCACUGGUGCGUGCUCUGGUGGGUGCUGCUGGCAGCAGCACGCGGUUUGCGCGCAAGUUCUCUGUCUGCGUCGACCCGCAGGGCGACACUGCCGUGCUGGGUGAGAUCGAGCGACUGCGCAAGCUGGAUAUGCUCGUACCAUCCUUCCACAACGUCAUCACCUGUGCGUGUCUCGACGCUGUACUGCGUCUAUCGGUAGUACAACCGCAAGAGCACCUGUUCAACACGGCGCUGUUCCUGAGCAUGGCAUCGCCGGACGCCUAUGUGGGCGUGCGCGAGGUGGCCAUUGGCGGUCUGCUUUUGCACUGGGGUGUAGGUGGCGACGGCAUGGUUAACCUGUUUUUCGCUGCGCUUUCAUCAGACUCUAGCGCGCCGCGGCUGGCCAACUCUGUCAGUCGGUUUACCGUCGAGGCCAUGGUGCUGAGGGCGAUGGCGUAUGGACGGCAGCACAACAGUCUUUUGUUCCAGGAAGAGGCCGGAAAGGAGGCCACCGAGCAUAUCGACACAGAUGCGCGGCUGGUUGGUGGCCUGGAGACAUUUGUAGACAAUGUCAGCGACUCGCCCGAGCUUCAGCUUCUCUUGGCCGCGUCCAUGUACGACUCAGCAGUGCCGUCCAGGGCGCGUGAGCUGCUGGCGGCUGUUCAUGCGCUUGUGUACCGCACGGCCGACUGCUCAUUGCCGCCAAGGGUGCCCGUGGCGCGGAAGAAGCUGAAGAUCAAGCUGGGUGCACGUAGCCAGCAGCGCGGGGUUAAAUCCAAUGCGAGCAGUGAUAGUGAGGAUACGCCGUUGGCCUUAGGCGUGGAUCCCUAUAGUGCUGAUUUCGUCCUCGGCGAGGAUGGCGACCGGCCUAUAGUCGACGGCGUUGUGAACCCUGGGCGGCGCAAGUGGCAGCGCGCGCCGUCAUUCUCAGAGGCGUCGAUGGGCGGAUUGCCUCAGAUUGCCGGGACCCGACCGCCACCUAUUACUGUGCCCGAUACAAAGAUGAAUUCGCCAGCGUACUUGGGAUUGGCCAGCGGGCUGUCACCGGCUGUGCCACAGGCACCGACGACACCGGCGGCUGUACCGGCGACAGAGCCUGUCAAGGUCAAGCUGAAGCUCAAGUUUUCCAAGGCUUCUUUGGCGUCAGCUGUGUCAACUUCGGUGGCCACUCCAUUGGUGUCAUCGCCGCUAGCUGCCGCACACACAGCAUCGCCACCCCAACACGGCCGUAAUAUAUCGGCCGGAUGGUCCCCUGAUAAUGUCCCGCCAAAGCCCAAGCCCAGAUCCAGACCCAGCAUCAGCAUGACCAUUGGCGACGCUCCUGCGAACGAGUCUCCGCUGCAGUCCCCGCCCUUGAGGUCACCCGAAUCCGCCAGCCCGGCUGUUGUCUCCAGGCCUUCGGUACCUCCAUCCACACCGCCAUCGUCAUCGUCGCUUUCUUUGUCCUGGAUGAUGAAGUCGCUUAUGCGGGUUCUGCGUAAGGUCAGCAAGCACCCGUCGGCCUUCCCCUUUAUGCGGCCCGUCGAUGUUCUGCUGGACGGGUGCCCGACAUACUACGAUAUCAUCAAGAAGCCUAUGGACCUGGCGACGAUCAAGCGGAAGCUUGAGGGGCGCAAGUACUCAGCACCCAAGGAAUUCGAGGCAGAUAUGCGGCUGAUGCUCAACAAUUGCUAUUUGUUCAAUCCGCCUGGCACUCCUGUUUACGUGAUGGGUCAAGAUGUUGAGGCUGCUUUUGAGGACGAGUGGGCAAGGGCUGGGUUGGCGCCGGUAGAUGCGCCGGGUGCUAAUUUUGCUAUUCCAGCUGGAGAAUCCCGUGCUGUUGCUACCAAUCCUGCUACGCUGGAGGUUGGUUUUGUUGCUCCUGCGAGGGAGACUUCUGCUGACAAGGCCGCGGCAGCAGCAGCACGUAAGCGCAAGAGCGAGGCUCGGUCGUCAGUUGCCGCCAUGCCCUCAGAGAGAUCGAACUUGUCGUCGGGCAGUAGUAAUGGCAUGGGUGGCGGCAGUGGUAGUGGUGUUUCUGUAGCAGCGGCAGCGCACAAGCGAGCAAAGAUGCAUGCCUACAGCGCAGGCAACAUCUCGGCACACUCUUCUUCGAUUCCAGGCACGCCUUCUAGUAAGGUUGGGGAGAAGAGAAGUCGGGAUAUGGCUCGCCCUGAUACUCCGAACACACCCAACAGAUUGUCGCAGCUGAACUCACCGCCACCACCGCCAUCUCUCAGCAUAUCCAAGAGCUCGGGCAGUUUUAAGCUCAAGCUAACUAACAGGGGAUCCGCCCCGCCGUCGCAGCAGUCCCCGUUGCCGCCGGCGCCGGCUUCGACAACAGCGGCCACUUUCUCAUCUUUGGAUGACCCAGAUGCCAUCAUGGACUACCUCGACAGCACAACGCCGAAAGCACCAACAUUAGCAGCACCUGUAUUUUCAGCGGCACCAGCACCGGCACCGGCACCGGCACCAGCACUAGCACCAGCACCAGCACUAGACCCAGCACCAGCAGUAGCUUCUAGCACUCCAAUCCCAUCGGGUGGUAAUUGGAAAUCCGUAUGCUACCGCGUAAUGCUGCAACUCCAAGCGCUCCCCUGCGCACUAGAAUUUAUGGCACCUGUGGACCCGAUCAAGCAAGGUGUGCCAACAUACUUUGAUAUAAUUAAAUGGCCAAUGGACCUCGGAACCGUCCGCAAGCGACUGGAUCGGUCGCAGUACCGGUCCCCCAAGCAAUUCGUCCACGACGUCAAGCUCGUAUUUGACAACUGCUUCCUUUCAACAGCCCUGCAGAAGGCAUUUGAGCACGCGUGGGUGCAGCAGACUGGAACACACCCGGAUGAUCCGCCCCCUGCAGAGUUACCAGAGGAUAUUGCUUUGGUCGACCGGUGUAUGGAGAGGGCGAGGAGUGUGCUUAAUAAGCUGAAGAGGGAGGAGAGCUCGUGGCCGUUUUUGAAACCUGUGGAUCCGAUUGCAUUUGGAGUUCCAACGUAUUUAGAUAUCAUCAAGAACCCUAUGGACCUGUCGACUAUACAGAAGAAACUCGCUAAGAAGGCGUAUCCGUCGGUGGCAGAUUUUGUCGCAGACAUUAGGCUUAUUAUCGAUGACUGCUUCUUGUUUAAUCCGCCGGAUACUCCCGUCCACGAUUGCGGCGUGAAGAUGCGCAACUUGGCUGCUAAGCUUUUGGAGGCAGACCAUUGGGACCGCUGGCUUCUUUAA